AGAGAUAGCACACGGCACUAGUAGUUAGCAAAGAGGGAGAGUCAAUGGUGUUGGGUAAGAAUCUUCUUCUUCAGCAACCCGCUCACCCGUAGAGACACACAAAGAAACAAACCGAAGCAGAGAUGGAAUGGUGCCAGUCGAUUCCUAAAGUAGAGCUUCAUGCCCACCUCAAUGGCUCUAUCAGAGAUUCUACUCUUCUGGAGCUUGCCAGAGACUUGGGAGAGACGGGUGUUUUAGUUUUUUCUGAUUUCGAGCAUGUCAUCCUCAAAAGCGAUCGAUCUCUUGUUGAAGUGUUCAAGUUGUUUGACCUUAUCCACAUGGUCACCACGGACCAUACAACUAUUUCAAGAAUCACUAGAGAAGUUAUUGAAGAUUUUGCUUCUGAGAAUGUUGUUUACAUUGAAUUAAGAACAACUCCAAAGAAAAAUAAGUUAAUUGGAAUGAGCAAACGAUCAUAUAUGGAAGCAGUUGUGGAAGGUCUGAAAAGUAUCAACAGUGUUGAUGUUGCUUUCAUGCCACAUGAUGUUGAUACCCACAGUCCAUUGAAUUCUCUGUCUAUAGACAAUAAUUGUAAUGUAACUCCAAGAAAAAGAAUAUAUGUUAGACUUCUUCUGAGCAUUGACCGGCGAGAGACCACUGAAGAUGCCAUGGAAACUGUAUGUUGGCAACUCAAACUCGACCUCAAAUUUGCACCAUUGAUAAUGGAUGGCAUGUUCACAUUUUUCUUGCACUGCUCAUUGCAGGUGAAACUUGCACUGGAAUUGAAAGAUGUGGGAGUAGUUGGUAUUGAUCUUUCAGGAAAUCCAAUUGUGGGUGAAUGGACUACCUUUUGGCCGGCUCUUCAAUUUGCAAAAGAAAAUGGUCUUGCCAUAACACUCCAUUGUGGCGAGGUACCUAAUCCGAAGGAGAUACAAGCCAUGCUAGACUUUUGGCCGCAGAGGAUUGGCCAUGCUUGUUUCUUUGAAGGAGACAACUGGGAAAAGCUGAAACAUUUGAACAUUCCGGUUGAAAUUUGCUUGACAUCCAACAUCCGGACCAAUUCAAUCUCUUCACUAGAUGUUCAUCACUUUGCUGACUUGUACAAAGUAAACCAUCCUUUAGUUAUCUGCACUGAUGAUUCUGGUGUUUUCUCAACAAGUGUUUCAAAAGAAUACAGUUUGGCAGCCUCUGCUUUUGGUCUUGGGAAAAAGGAAAUAUUUCAGUUGGCAAGAGACGCUAUUGAAUUUAUAUUUGCAGACAAUGAAAUAAAGAAGAUUCUGAAUCAGGUGUUUGAUUCUUACGUAACAAACCUGGCUCUAUGAUCUUAAGUGCAUUUGAUAUGCACGGCAUCCAUUUCUCACGGGUUUUGUAUUGCAUCUCUCAGUAGCUUCCUAGUCCUUGGACAACAAAUUACACAUGAAUUUCUGAAGUCGUACAGCGGACAGCAGGAGAUAAAGCACAAACUUUUCAUGUUCAGCAUUCCUCGUUGAUGAAUGGAAAUCUGAUCAAUUGAAAAGGCUUCUACUUCAUUGAUCUUCUCUGUUCUUUAAACCUGUAGUCUUUACUCUUCUGGACACUUGUUAAGUUAUAGAUAGAUAUAAUUUGGUUCACAUGCAAUUUGAGACAAAUUUCUUUCCCA